CGCUCCUGUCUCCGCCUCGAAUGUUUCAGCGUAGCUCGCGGGUGGAGCGUCCGCCCUUCCUGCGGUUGGAAACUGACGUAAACUGAGCAGGCAGGCAGAGCUCAGCGUUAAUUAAACGCUUAAAAAUAAUAAUUUGACUGAAAGUCCACAUCCUCCUCCUGAGCUCUCUGCAUUUUGAGCCAAACCGGAAAACGCAGCCACCGAGAAGGAGAUAGAAAGCAGGCUGUAACCUGGCGUUGACAUGGCCGACCUGCUGAGGCUGCUGCUGCGGGUGGCUGAGAAGGCCGCGAACGUGGCUCGCAUCUGCAGACAAGAGGCUCCUCUCUUUCAGCUCCUGGUGCAGGAAAAGACCGGAGAAGACAAGAACAAGAAGUUUGUGCAGGACUUUAAAACACUCGCCGAUGUGGUGAUUCAGGAGAUGAUCCGGCAUGACGUGAGAGCUCAGUUCCCAGAGAUGGGUGGGUUCAUUAAUGGAGAAGAGUCAAACAAGUUUGAAAAUGGGCUUGGAGAAAGUGUGACUGUUACCGUGUGCAGCACAGAGGAGGAGACCGCAAAGCUCCUGGCCACCGUGUUGGACGGCGACCAGACGGCGGCGUCUCUGCUGGCUAGGGCCGUCCACCAAGACCCGUCCACCAUCGAGGCGGGCACAGAUGGACUCACGGUUCCGCUUAAACCCUCUGAGCUCGGCGUCUGGAUUGACCCCAUAGACGCCACCAGUCAGUACAUAGAAGGGCGUGAGGAAGUGGUGGAAGAGGACCGCCUGUCUCCUUCAGGUCUGCACUGUGCGCUGGUUCUGAUCGGGGUUUACCUGCGGAGCACAGGUGAGCCCGUCAUGGGCGUGAUCAACCAACCGUUCAACAACAAAGAUCUUGCUGGCACAGGCUGGAGAGGAAAGCACUACUGGGGCGUGUCCUGCGGCAGCACAAACAUCUGCUCAGAGUCAAGACCAGGAGAGCGGUCUGAGGGAGGCCUGUCCGUGGUGCUGAGCUCCAACGAGAAGCAGUCGGUGAAGGAAGCUCUGACCUCAGUGUGCGGCCCAGACAAGCUCAUGUACGCUUCUGGAGCCGGCUACAAGAUCCUGUGCGUCAUCCAGGGCCUGGCGGACGCCUACGUCCUGUCAGAGGGCAGCACCUUUAAGUGGGACUCGUGCGCUCCUCACGCCCUGCUGCGGGCCCUGGGAGGGGGCGUGGUGGACUUGGCUUUGAGUCUGCAGCAGUCAGAGAGCGGAGCACAGGAUCCCAGGACAGAACUGACAUAUCACCAGCCUCGCGCUGAUCGAUCCGGAGCAGUCCGCUGGGCCAAUCAUGGCGGUCUUGUGGCCUACAGAGACGCUUCUCAGCUCCGCAGCAUCAUGGGAGCCCUGAGAGGCAAACUGUAGGUAAAAAAAAAAAAAACUCGUUCCUCCAAGAGGAGGAGUUUGAAUAUACUGCCAUAUUUAUGUUUUCUAUGUUAGUGGAGGGAGAUGGGUAUGAACAGAAAUAUUUCAGCUAUGAACUAACUUCUAACCAGAUUUCUAUGGAGUGUUGCCAACUAAAUGUGAGAUAAAAUGUUUUUGAAUUAUGUUAAAUAAUAUGAAGAGUGCAGUAACUUUGACAAGUCCUGAAACAGACAGGUUUUGCAGUAUUUAUCCCUAAAGCAAGCAAACAUUAUGAAGUCUAAAAUGUGGUUGUUUUGUGUUGAAUUAAAGUUAUUGUAAAUGUAUUGAAAAAUCAAAUCGUUUUACACCAUUACAACCAUUCACACACUCAAACACGCGUUUAUACGUCCAUAUGGAGAUCUGGAGGCAACUUGGGAUUAAGUGCCUUGCCAUGUGGAAGCUGGAAACAAUCCUACUCACAUAUAGUCACCCUAUGUACUGAAGACAUGUAUUUUGUAUAAAAGAUAUCAAUAAUGAAAUUAAAUGAAUUUAUUCACAGAAAA